ACUACACCAUAAAAAGAGAAAGGCGUAAAAAGGAAAAAGAAAAAAAAAGGUAAACGUUAUAAUAAAAGAAAAAAAAAAAUAUGACAACGGCGUUGUUUUCACCGUCUAACCGUAGAAAACGCCGUCUCACACACUUCUUCUUCACCGUACUCGCUUUCAUCUUACUCGCCGCCUUCAUCUACGGCCACGAUUUCAUCUCUUUCUCUCGUCGAUCUCUUCACUCUCCGACGAUCGUCCACCAAUCCGCAAUCGUCGUUGUAGUUGACGAACCUCCUCCGCCUCCACCAACAUCUCCUCCUCCGCCUUCUCCUCCACCACCGUCUCCUCCACCACCAUCUCCUCCACCGCCAUCUCCUCCGCCACCUGCUUUUGCAGUAGGUAAAACGCCGGAAGGAUGCGAUGUCUUCAAAGGGAAUUGGGUCAAAGACUGGUCAACGCGUCCACUUUACAGAGAAUCCGAGUGUCCGUACAUUCAGCCGCAGCUCACUUGCCGCACGCAUGGCCGUCCCGAUAGUGAUUAUCAGUCAUGGAGAUGGCGACCUGAUUCCUGCUCACUUCCUUCGUUUAAUGCGACGGUGAUGUUGGAGAGCUUAAGAGGGAAGAAGAUGAUGUUCGUUGGAGAUUCGUUGAACAGAGGAAUGUAUGUUUCUCUCAUCUGUCUUCUUCAUUCACAAAUCCCAGAGAACUCCAAAUCCAUGGAUACUUUCGGAUCACUCACCGUCUUCUCUCUCAAGGAUUACAAUGCAACGAUUGAGUUCUAUUGGGCACCGUUUCUUCUAGAAUCGAAUUCAGAUAACGCAACAGUUCAUAGAGUAUCAGAUCGAAUUGUGAGGAAAGGAUCGAUCAACAAACACGGUAGGCAUUGGCGAGGGGCUGAUAUAGUUGUGUUCAACACAUACUUGUGGUGGAGGACUGGCUUCAAAAUGAAGAUCUUGGAAGGUUCUUUCAAGGAUGAGAAGAAGAGAAUCGUUGAGAUGGAGAGUGAAGAUGCUUAUAGAAUGGCGUUGAAGACUAUGGUUAAAUGGGUGAAGAAGAAUAUGGAUCCAUUGAAGACGAGGGUUUUCUUUGCUACCAUGUCUCCUACUCAUUACAAGGGCGAGGAUUGGGGAGGCGAACAAGGAAAAAAUUGUUACAAUCAAACGACACCGAUCCAAGACAUGAACCAUUGGCCAUCAGACUGCAGCAAAACCUUAAUGAAAGUGAUAGGAGAGGAAUUAGACCAAAGAGCAGAGUUUCCGGUGACGGUACUUAACAUUACACAACUCUCUGGCUAUCGGAAAGACGCGCACACGUCAAUCUACAAGAAGCAAUGGAGCCCAUUGACGAAGGAGCAGCUAGCAAAUCCGGCUAGCUACUCAGACUGUAUACAUUGGUGCUUGCCUGGUCUUCAAGAUACUUGGAACGAGCUUUUCUUUGCCAAGUUAUUUUAUCCAUGAUUCUUUUCUCUAAAUUCAAGAUUUUUUUAGAACUGUAAUUGUAAAUUAUGGUUAUAAUUUUUGUUAAUUACGUACACUUAUUGUUCUACAAAGAGAAGAAAGAGAGAAACUCUGCUAUUCGCUAUAUUAACUCAAUAGAUGAGAAGCAACAGUUCAUGAUCCAAGGAAAGAACAAAAACUAUAGAGUUAUUAAAUAUUUUUUCAUUGUGAAUCAGAUCAUUAACACCUAUUUCUUGUUUCUCCUAUGAUCAAUCCAAAGAUUAUGUUGUAGUCUUGUAGGACCAUUGCCUCAGAACUCUCAAAUAUCCAGAGAACUCAAACCAUUGAACUCGUGACCAUCGUGUGGCUCGAGAUGAAGCGGAUGCAAAUCAUAACUACCAGAAUUUACGUGGUUUUGGUCUUGGCUCUGAUGGGGACCAGGUUCAUUCAAAUCUCCAAGGAGUUCAUUAAUAUCAAAGCACUCAUUAGGAUCCCAAGAAGUCUGAUCAUUUACAAUAUCAUUAGACCAAGGCCAACCGUAAUCUGCAACAGUAAGCAAAUCCGGUUGCAGCUGUUGCUGUUGCUGUUCCUGUUGCUGUUGCUGUAUCUCCUCUUCUUCCUGCUUCGGUUUCUCUUUCUCCUGCAAAACUUGGCCCCAAUACUGCUGCUCAAACUCUAACAGCAAAUCGUAAUUCAGCGAAGAAUUCAUAUCUUGAUGUCCAACCGUGCAACUGUCCGGCCUGGUUCCACAAGACUCUUCUCUAACAUCUAAAAUCUGACUAAAUGGAUUAGAUUCACAAUCAGUAUCUUCAUGCUUCACACAAACAUCACCACAAACAACCGCCUUAUUUUCAACCGUACACACCUCAGAUUGACUAGACGUACUAGUAAACUCAGACCCAACAGACUGAGGGAAGUUAAGACGAGCCAAUGAACCGUACAUAGCGGUAGCCGCUUCAUCAUAAGCGGAAGCAGCUUUUUCCGCGGUAGGAAAAGUACCAAGCCAAAGUCUAGUUCCUAUUUUCGGUUCUCGAAUCUCUGCAACCCAUUUACCCCAAAUCCUU